AUGGCUACCGCGGGAGCUGCAGCGCCGUCGGCGUCGCUGUACGUGGGCGAUCUGGACAAGGAGGUGACGGAGGCGCAGCUGUACGAGCUCUUCAGCCAGGUCGGCCCCGUCGCGUCCAUCCGCGUCUGCCGUGACGCCGUCACGCGCCGCUCGCUGGGCUACGCCUACGUCAACUACAACAGCGCCGUCGACGGUCAUCGCCUAUCUGCAUCUCAGUCCCCGUUUACCUCUCGCUCUCUCCAUCGGAACCCCCGCCUUGUCCAUGGCUCUCCCCACCGGUGCGCGCCUGUCAUCCCUCCGCCACCCGCGCGCGCCUCUCGUCCCUCCGCACCCUUGCGCGUCCUCCCCCUCCGCCUUCCGCUCCCCUCCCCCGCCCUUCCCGCCUCCCGUGCCCCCGUUUCCCCCCGCCCCUCCGCCAGCGGAGCGCGCAAUGGAGGCGCUGAACCACCGCGAGUUGAACUCAUCUGCCGUCUUGCUUUCCGCCUCACCUCCCUUCUCCUCUCGUCCCCUCUCCUCCCCUCUUUCCCCACUCUCCCGCACCUCCUCCGCGCAGCGGAGCGCGCAAUGGAGGCGCUGAACUACCGCGAGGUGAACGGGCGGCCGAUCCGCAUCAUGUGGUCCCACCGCGACCCCAGCCACCGCCGCAGCGGCGUCGGAAACAUCUUCAUCAAGAACCUGGACGAGUCGAUCGACCACAAGGCGCUGCACGACACGUUCAGCGCGUUCGGCCCCAUCUGGUCGUGCAAGAUCGCCGUGACGCCCGAGGGCAAGAGCAAGGGGUACGGCUUCGUGCACUUCGAGACGGAGGAGGCGGCCAACCUGGCGAUCGAGAAGGUCAACGGCAUGCUCGUGGAGGGCAAGAAAGUCUUCGUGGGCAAGUUCCUGAAGCGCGGCGAGAGGGACUCGGACGGGCAGCAGGCGCGGUUCACCAACGUGUUUGUCAGAAACCUCGCGCCCGACGUCACCGAGGAGCAGCUCUCCGCUCGCUUCUCCGAGAUCGGGCCCAUCACCAACGCCGUCGUGAUGCGCGACGACGCGGGGGUGUCCAAGGGCUUUGGGUUUGUCAACUUCCAGGACCCCGCCAGCGCCCAGGAGGCCGUUGAAAAGCUCAACAACGCGCAGUUCGGUUCGAAGGCGAUUCUGGUGGCACGAGCACAGAAGAAGUCGGAGAGAGAACAGAUGCUGCGCAGCCAGUACGAGGAGAAGAAGAUGGAGCGGCUCCAGCGCUUCCAGACCACCAACCUGUACGUGAAGAAUCUUGAGGAGGCAGUGGAUGACGACAGACUUAUGGCGGAGUUUGCCCCGUUUGGAGCGAUCACGUCGGCCAAGGUGAUGCGUGACGACAAGGGCACCAGCCGGGGCUUUGGCUUCGUGUGCUUCUCCAACACUGAUGAGGCCAGCCGCGCCAUCAUGGAGGCCAAUGGUCGUCUGGUGAACGGCCGGCCCCUCUACGUGGCGCUAGCCCAGCGCAAGGAGGUGCGCCAGGCGCAGCUGCAGCAGCAGUUCGCGCUCAGGGGCGCGCUCCCCCCGGGCGUCCUUCCCCCAGGCGCAGCCCUCCCCCCAGGCGCAGUUCUCCCCCCCAACGCCGCUGCUGCAGCUGCCGCCGCCGCUGCCGCCGCUGCUGCUGGGGGACCUAUCCCCGGGGUGGCAGGGGGGCCGGGGGGGAUGCCCCCUGGUGCUCCCAUGUUCCCCCCUGGUGCGCCGAUCUUCUAUGCUGCGCCUCCCCCAGGGGUGCUGGCGGGAGGGGCGGGCGCGCAGGGGCAGGCGCAGAGGCAGGGGCAGGGGGUGGUGUAUCCGCAGAUGAUGGGGCGGGGCGCUUGGAGGGGGCCCAUGCCGCGAGGAGGGUUCCAACCCAUGCCCAACUACAAUGCCUCCAUUGGUCCGCGUCAGCGCCAGGGGCGGGGGCGACCACAGCAGGGGCAGCAGCCGCAGCAGAUGCUCCCCAUGGGGGCGGUCCCAGUGCCGGUUGUGCCAGUGCCCAUGGCACCAGGCGUGGUCCCUCCUGCUGCGCCCAUGCCUCUGCCGUCCGAUCCUCUCAAUCCGACGGCCCUCGCUGCAGCUCCGCCCGCCCAGCAGAAGCAGAUGCUGGGGGAGCGCCUCUUCCCACUCAUCCAGCAGCAUCAGCCGGAGCUGGCGGGUAAGAUCACGGGAAUGCUCCUCGAAAUGGACAACAGCGAGUUGCUGCUUCUCUUGGAGUCACCAGACGCCCUCCUGGCCAAGGUGGAGGAGGCACUCAUGGUGUUGCGCCAGCACUCGGGGGAGCCGGCGCCUGCUGCUGACGGCGCUGCUGCUUAG